AUGCCGAAGCCGGCGUCGAGGUGCGGCGUGGAGGCGUCCCGGGGCGCGCACGUGUUCGAGGUCGGCGACUACAGCCUGCACAAAGGCCUCGGCGUCGGCCGCUUCGUCCACUCGGCCACCUUCGACGUCGGCGGGUACGAGUGGUGGUCCGUGCUCUUCUACCCCGACGGGUCCGCCGACACCGCCGAGGACUGCGUCGCCGCGGGGCUCGAGCUCAGGACGAUCGACGCCCGGCGUGGUGACGGCGUCGUCGUACACCUUCGGGCUGAUCUGCCAGACCACCGGGGAGCCGUGGUUCGUGACUGAGUCCCGGGCGGCGGAGUUCCGCGCCAAC